AUGCUAUGGGAAGUGAACACGGCCCCCGAGCCAGUCUUUGCAGAUGUCGAGAGCUUGCCCAAGAUUUUGGCGCAGCGAAGGAUCACCAACAUUCGCAAAAAGCAGCUCAUCAAGGCUGCCUCGCGCAAUUAUGACGAUCCACCCCCUCCGCCCAAGCCAGACGAGUGCUGUGGAAGUAGCUGCGACCCUUGUGUCAAGACACUGUGGAAAGAGGAGCUCGAGUGCUGGCGUGAAAGGUGGGGCGCUGGGGCACAAGAGAAAUCCUCAUCAGCUAAUCAAGCCAAGAGUGGCGGAGCAAACCCAAUGCCUAAGACCACCACGAUUCCUGGCAGCUUCGACUGGUGA